CGUUUCUUGUUUUAAUUAAAUAAAAUAAAAAAUAUUAAAAAAGAAAAAAAAAAAACAAAGAAUAUAAUAUCUUUUAAGUGGUUGAGUGUGUAAAUCAAACAUAUAUAUUUCUUUACCUUAGUUAUUACUUAGUAAUUUUAUCUAAGGAAGAUAAUUUAUAAUAUAAAUGUUUAUAGCAGCAGCAAACGCGUUUAUAUGAUUUUGAUUUGUGCGUCAUAUAAAGUACGAGUUAAAGAGUGAACGAAGCAAAUAAACUCUGCUGCUGUUACUAUUCGCUCCAUUUCAUCAUCUUUCGUUCGUCCAUCGUGCGAGCGCAUUCUUCUUCAGUUCAAUAUGAGGGAAAUUGUUCAUUUACAAGCAGGCCAAUGUGGUAAUCAAAUUGGUUCAAAGUUUUGGGAAAUAAUAUCCGAUGAGCAUGGUAUCGAUCCGAAUGGCAUGUAUCAUGGCGAAAAUGAUAUGCAAUUGGAGAGGAUCGAUGUCUAUUACACGGAAGCUAAUCAUGGCAAAUAUGUUCCGCGUGCUGUCCUUAUUGACUUGGAACCGGGUACUAUGGACUCAGUACGCCAAUCACCAAUGGGUUAUUUAUUUAGGCCAGAUAAUUUUGUGUUCGGCCAAUCGGGAGCAGGUAAUAACUGGGCCAAAGGUCAUUACACGGAAGGUGCUGAAUUAGUUGAUCAAAUUUUGGAUGUUAUACGCAAAGAAUCGGAAGGUUGCGACUGCCUACAAGGCUUCCAAUUGGCUCAUUCUUUAGGCGGUGGCACGGGUUCCGGUCUCGGUACAUUAUUAAUAUCAAAAAUUCGUGAGGAAUAUCCAGAUAGAAUAAUGAACACAUUCUCCGUAGUACCAUCACCUAAGGUUUCCGAUACAGUCGUCGAGCCGUACAAUGCAACUUUAUCCAUUCAUCAACUUGUCGAGAAUACCGAUGAAACCUUUUGCAUUGACAACGAGGCCCUAUAUGACAUUUGCUUUCGUACAUUGAAGUUGGCUUCACCCACGUACGGUGAUUUGAAUCACCUUGUGUCUGUUACCAUGUCCGGUGUUACUACUUGCCUGCGUUUUCCUGGUCAAUUGAAUGCCGAUUUACGUAAGCUUGCCGUCAAUAUGGUACCGUUUCCACGCUUACACUUUUUCAUGCCCGGUUUUGCUCCAUUGACGGCCAAAGGCUCUCAACAGUAUCGCGCUUUGACCGUCGCGGAAUUGACUCAACAAAUGUUUGAUGCUAAAAAUAUGAUGACUGCUUGCGAUCCCAGACAUGGUCGUUAUCUAACAGUAGCUGCCAUCUUUCGCGGUCCCAUGUCGAUGAAAGAAGUCGAUACACAGAUGUUCAACGUUCAAAGCAAGAAUAGUAGUUACUUUGUCGAAUGGAUACCAAAUAAUGUGAAAGUAGCUGUUUGCGAUAUACCCCCGCGUGGCUUAAAAAUGUCAGCCACUUUCAUUGGCAACACCACCGCCAUCCAAGAGAUAUUUAAACGGAUAUCCGAACAAUUUACAGCAAUGUUUCGUCGUAAAGCGUUUUUGCAUUGGUUUACUGGCGAGGGUAUGGAUGAAAUGGAAUUCACAGAGGCUGAAUCGAAUAUGAACGAUUUGAUUUCGGAAUAUCAACAGUAUCAGGAGGCAACCGCCGAUGAUGAUGUUGAAUUCGAUGAAGAACAAGAAGAACGCGAAGCCUAUGAAGCUGAAAUACAAAAUGGCGGCAUAUAAACCGUAAACUUAACAAAAA